AUGGUGAUGAACUUAUACGGGCAGCCAGGCCCGAUUAUGGCCAAAUUGUUCGCGACUACAUUGACUGGGAAAGCACAAGAAUGGUUCACCAACUUGCCUCGGGGAAGCAUUGAUUCACAUGAACAAAUGAUCCAGAAAUUCUCCUUCCACUUUGCGAGCCGGAGGAAACAAAAGAGAUCUGCCACCCACUUAUUUACUAUACGACAAAGAGAGGACGAGACAUUGAAGAGUUUCGUAGGGAGAUUCAACAACGAAAUGAUAGAGAUCCAGGAUCUGCGCAUAGAUAUGAUGGUCAGUAUCUUGAUUCAUGAUUUGAAGAAAGGUCCGUUCGCAUCUGCACUUGCACGCGACCCGCCAGGAGAUGCUGAGCAGCUUAUGGCUCUAGCCCAGAAAUAUAUAGAUGAGGAGGAGAUGAAUGCGAUGAAGGAUUACGAGCGGAAGGAGCGUGAGCAGAUGUACAGGAGAUCGAACGAGGCGAGAGAGGCCGGGGGAAGUAGGCAAAAGCAGGAAAAGCAAAGGGAACCCAAGUACAUUCCCAAAUACCACAACUACACCCCGCUGCCAAUGUCACGGGAAAAGGUGUUGAUGAUGGUCGAGAAUGCGGAUGUCCUCAAAUGGCCGAGGCACACCAGGGGUACUUCAGAGACCGAGUCCCUCACAAUUGCAAAGCGGGCAGGGAAGAGCCAGGAGAAGCAGGUCGAGAAGUCGAGACCGGAACCCGGGGCCCUCGAAGUCGACACAGGCCCCCACCGCCGGAAAUAA